AUGAAAUACUUUUUAACUCUUGUUUUUAUUUCCUUCUUUAUCGAAGUAUUCGUUGAUAAUGCAACGUCAUUACCAACAUUAUCGAAGUUCGAAAAUGAAACAAAGUCUGUUGAUACUCAAAUGAAAAAUCAAACCGAGCUUCCAUCAUCGUAUCCCGAUUAUUCCGGUAAUACCAUCCAAUAUACAGACGUAGAUCUCGAUAAUGCUCUCACAGAUCCAGAGCUCGAUAAUGCUUUCGCAGAUCUAGAACCCGAUGAUGCUUUCACAGAUCUAGAACCCGAUAAUGCUCUCCAAUAUACAGACCUAGAUUUGGUUCAAUAUGCAGACAUAGAUCCCGAUGAAUUUGAAAAUGAAGUUGCAGAACUUUUACCAGAAGAUCACGAAAUUGAAUUAGAAGAAUCUCGUAUCGGCGAUGACCGUCGAGGCGCCUAUCGUCGUCGUUAUGAUGAUGAUGACCGCUAUUACCGCCGUCGUCGUUACGAUCGCUAUGAACGUAGGGGAUAUCGUAGAGGCGAUCGGUAUAGAUAUCGCCGAAGAGGUUAUGGAAGAAUUUUGAAUUGA